AUGGCUGGGACGAUGCAGUUCCUGGCUUGGCUAAUAGUAACCAUUUGCCUUCUCCCUGGGGUGACUACAACCCAGCACCGUCCAGGGCAGCCCAUGGACGGCGCCAGCGUGGGAGGUGGCCUGCAGGAGCCAGAGGCCCCAGAAGUGAUGUUUGAGCUGCUCUGGGCUGGGCUGGAGCUGGAUGUCAUGGGGCAGCUGCAUAUCCAGGACGAGGAACUGGCAUCCACACACCCAGGCCGCCGACUCAGUCUCCUCCUGCAGCAACACGUGCCCAGUGACUUGGAGGGUGCUAAGCAGCGGCUGCGGCGGUUCCAGGACCUGCGGAAAGGGCCUCCUCUUAGCCCUUGGGACUUUGAACAUCUGCUCCUCACAGGCCUGUCCUGUGUCUACCGGCUCCAUGAGGCUAGGGAGGCUGAAGAGAGGGGUCGCUGGGCUCAGGUCUUCGCCCUGCUGGCACAGGAAACACUCUGGGACCUGUGCAAGGGCUUCUGCCCCCAGGGGCAGCCCCUGUCUUUGGGGCCCUGGGCCUUGAUCCUUGACCCCUUUCCCUGA